AGUAUCUGUUCGGUUAUUUUCAAAUUUUCGGUUCGGCUCGGUUCGUUUUUUUGCUUCGGUUUCGGUUUGGUACAUUCAGUUCGGUUUAUUUCCCAGGCCUAACCAGCUCUAUUACAAAUGUGAAUCGAAAACUUAACCAAGAUUACGCUAAACCGGGAUCGACAAUUCAAAACCCGGUUCACCUUUUAAAUCUGUUCUGCUCAGUGAGUCGCCGCCGCCGUGGUCUUUGUCGAAUUCGUCGUCUCUCCUCCACUAAUCGACGUUGCGCCACCAUCUAAUCGCUUUGGACCUCCGUCAGCUGGUUUAUCUCGCCGGCGUUGUUUACUUGAAACAAGGGUUAGGGUUUCAUCUUCCACUAUCUGCCAAUGCAAAGCUUGUAACUUUGAGAUUUACAUGGCUGCUUCUGAUCAACACCGGUCUCGCCACCACGACGAAAGCUCUUCAAGACCCAACAAGAAGAAGAAGAUAAGCAGAAGCCCUGAAACAAAUCUCCUCUUCAACCUCAAUUCAUGUUCCAAGUCCAAGGACCUCUCAGCUGCAUUAGCCCUUUAUGAUGCAGCCGUCACUUCCAGCGAAUUACGCCUCAGCCAGCAACAUUUUCAGACGCUUGUGUACCUAUGCUCUGCUUCUAUUAGUGAUACAUCUCUUCGGAGCCUUGCCAUUGACCGUGGUUUCGAGAUUUUUGAUCGUAUGGUUAGUUCGGGGAUAAGUCCUAAUGAGGCAUCUGUCACUUCAGUGGCUAGGUUGGCUGCUGCUAAAGGUGAUGGUGAUUAUGCUUUCAAGGUUGUUAAGGACUUUGUUUCUGUUGGCGGUGUGUCGAUUCCCCGUCUGAGGACCUAUGCGCCGGCUUUGCUCUGUUUCUGUGAGAGAUUGGAUGCUGACAUGGGUUAUGAGGUGGAAGAGCACAUGGAAGCUGCAGGAAUUGCAUUGGAGGAGGCAGAGAUCUUGGCGUUGUUGAAGGUAAGCGCUGCCACGGGCCGAGAAAACAAGGUUUAUAGAUAUUUACAUAAGUUGAGGGAAUAUGUUGGCUGCGUUUGUGAAGAAACUUCGAAAAUUAUUGAGGAAUGGUUCUGUGGAGAGAAAGCUGGUGAGGUUAGUGAUAAUGGAAUUGGUUCUGAUGUUGGGAUGCUUAGAGAAGCUGUUUUGAAGAAUGGAGGUGGGUGGCACGGGCAUGGGUGGGUUGGUGAGGGCAAAUGGACUGUAAAGAAAGGUAAUGUUAGCUCAACCGGAAGAUGUUUGAGCUGCAGGGAGCAGUUGGCUUGUGUAGAUACCAAUGAGGUGGAAACACAGAAGUUUGUGGAUUCUUUGGUGGCUUUGGCUAUGGAGAGGAAGGCAAAGAUGAAUUCAUGCGAGACGCAGGUGGACUUCAGCGAAUUUCAGGACUGGCUUGAGAAACAUGGAAAUUACGAAGCUAUAGUAGAUGGAGCAAAUAUUGGGCUCUACCAACAAAAUUUUGUAGAUGGCAGUUUCAGUCUUCCACAGCUUGAAUCUGUGGUGAAGGAACUUUACCGUGAAAGUGGUAAUAACAAAUGGCCCCUAAUUCUAUUGCACAAGAGACGGGUCAGGGCGCUUUUAGAAAACCCAACCCACCGGAAUCUGGUUGAAGAAUGGAUUAGUAACGGUGUCCUAUAUCCAACUCCACCAGGAUCCAAUGAUGAUUGGUAUUGGCUAUAUGCUGCUGCUAAGCUCAAGUGUUUGCUUGUAACAAAUGAUGAGAUGAGGGAUCACAUUUUUGAACUUUUAGGGAGCAGUUUUUUCCAUAAGUGGAAAGAAAGGCAUCAGGUCCGGUAUACUUUUGUGAAAGGUAAUCUGAAGCUUGAAAUGCCGUCUCCUUUUUCGGUUGUCAUUCAGGAAUCCGAAAAAGGGUCAUGGCAUUUCCCGGUCUCAUGCGAAAACAAUGAAGAGUCUUCAAGAACUUGGAUGUGUAUUAGCAGACAAAGUGUUUUAGAUUCACCUAAAAGUAAUGGAAAGCUUGCAACUUCUUGAAAUGGGAAGAUUCUUAGUAGCUCCAACAGCUUAUUGAGUUCAUGUAUCUCGCCGUCGAAAACAGGAUUAUUUGUUGAGUUUUAUUCGAAAGAUUAACACAAAAAACAUGAUUGAUUCUAUAGUAAGGGCCUGAAAUUUGCUCAUUAGAAAGAGAGAACCAAAAAAAGUGGUUAAAAUUGUA